GCAGUCGGCGCUCGACUUCUUGGCGGGUCCAGGCUCCCUGGGCGGUGCUUCCGGCCGCGACCAGAGUGACUUCGUGGGGCAGACGGUGGAACUGGGCGAGCUGCGGCUGCGGGUGCGGCGGGUCCUGGCCGAAGGAGGGUUUGCAUUUGUGUAUGAAGCUCAAGAUGUGGGGAGUGGCAGAGAGUAUGCAUUAAAGAGGCUAUUAUCCAAUGAAGAGGAAAAGAACAGAGCCAUCAUUCAAGAAGUUUGCUUCAUGAAAAAGCUUUCCGGCCACCCGAACAUUGUCCAGUUUUGUUCUGCAGCAUCUAUAGGAAAAGAGGAGUCAGACACGGGGCAGGCUGAGUUCCUCUUGCUCACAGAGCUCUGUAAAGGGCAGCUGGUGGAAUUUUUGAAGAAAAUGGAAUCUCGAGGCCCCCUGUCGUGCGACACGGUUCUGAAGAUCUUCUACCAGACGUGCCGCGCCGUGCAGCACAUGCACCGGCAGAAGCCGCCCAUCAUCCACAGGGACCUCAAGGUAGUGGCUCCCUCCACACGCGGCUGCCAAGGCCUCUGUGUGCGGGUCCCGCUCGGUUAGGAGCCGCCCAUCAUCCACAGGGACCACAAGGUUGAGAACUUGUUGCUUAGUAACCAAGGGACCAUUAAGCUGUGUGACUUUGGCAGUGCCACGACCAUCUCGCACUACCCUGACUACAGCUGGAGCGCCCAGAGGCGAGCCCUGGUGGAGGAAGAGAUCACGAGGAAUACAACACCAAUGUAUAGAACGCCAGAAAUCAUAGACUUGUAUUCCAACUUCCCGAUCGGCGAGAAGCAGGAUAUCUGGGCCCUGGGCUGCAUCUUGUACCUGCUGUGCUUCCGGCAGCACCCUUUUGAGGAUGGAGCGAAACUUCGAAUAGUCAAUGGGAAGUACUCGAUCCCCCCGCACGACACGCAGUACACGGUCUUCCACAGCCUCAUCCGCGCCAUGCUGCAGGUGAACCCGGAGGAGCGGCUGUCCAUCGCCGAGGUGGUGCACCAGCUGCAGGAGAUCGCAGCCGCCCGCAACGUGAACCCCAAGUCUCCCAUCACAGAGCUCCUGGAGCAGAAUGGAGGCUACGGGAGCGCCACGCUGUCCCGAGGGCCACCCCCUCCCGUGGGCCCCGCUGGCAGUGGCUACAGUGGAGGUCUGGCGCUGGCGGAGUACGACCAGCCCUAUGGCGGCUUCCUGGACAUUCUGCGAGGUGGGACAGAGCGGCUCUUCACCAACCUCAAGGACACCUCCUCCAAGGUCAUCCAGUCCGUCGCUAAUUAUGCAAAGGGUGACCUGGACAUAUCUUACAUCACAUCCAGAAUUGCAGGUGCUGACGCAGGUCUGCUUGUUUCAGUGAUGUCAUUCCCAGCAGAAGGUGUGGAGUCAGCGCUCAAAAACAACAUCGAAGAUGUGCGGUUGUUCCUGGACUCCAAGCACCCAGGGCACUAUGCCGUCUACAACCUGUCCCCGAGGACCUACCGGCCCUCCAGGUUCCACAACCGGGUCUCCGAGUGUGGCUGGGCAGCACGGCGGGCCCCGCACCUGCACACCCUGUACAACAUCUGCAGGAACAUGCACGCCUGGCUGCGGCAGGACCACAAGAACGUCUGCGUCGUGCACUGCAUGGACGGGAGAGCCGCGUCUGCUGUGGCCGUCUGCUCCUUCCUGUGCUUCUGCCGUCUCUUCAGCACCGCGGAGGCCGCCGUGUACAUGUUCAGCAUGAAGCGCUGCCCACCAGGCAUCUGGCCAUCCCACAAAAGGUACAUCGAGUACAUGUGUGACAUGGUGGCGGAGGAGCCCAUCACACCCCACAGCAAGCCCAUCCUGGUGAGGGCCGUGGUCAUGACACCCGUGCCGCUGUUCAGCAAGCAGAGGAGCGGCUGCAGGCCCUUCUGCGAGGUCUACGUGGGGGACGAGCGUGUGGCCAGCACCUCCCAGGAGUACGACAAGAUGCGGGACUUUAAGAUUGAGGAUGGCAAAGCGGUGAUUCCCCUGGGCGUCACGGUGCAAGGAGACGUGCUCAUCGUCAUCUAUCACGCCCGGUCCACUCUGGGCGGCCGACUGCAGGCCAAGAUGGCAUCCAUGAAGAUGUUCCAGAUUCAGUUCCACACGGGGUUUGUGCCUCGGAACGCCACCACUGUGAAAUUUGCCAAGUAUGACCUGGACGCGUGUGACAUUCAAGAGAAAUACCCGGAUUUAUUUCAAGUGAACCUGGAAGUGGAGGUGGAGCCCAGGGACAGGCCAAGCCGGGAAGCCCCACCAUGGGAGAACUCCAGCAUGAGGGGGCUGAACCCCAAAAUCCUGUUUUCCAGCCGGGAGGAGCAGCAAGACAUUCUGUCUAAGUUUGGGAAGCCGGAGCUUCCCCGGCAGCCUGGCUCCACGGCUCAGUAUGAUGCUGGGGCAGGGUCCCCGGAAGCCGAACCCACAGACUCUGACUCACCGCCAAGCAGCAGCGCGGACGCCAGUCGCUUCCUGCACACGCUGGACUGGCAGGAAGAGAAGGAGGCAGAGACUGGUGCAGAAAAUGCCUCUCCCAAGGAGAGCGAGUCUGCCCUGAUGGAGGACAGAGACGAGAGUGAGGUGUCAGAUGAUGGGGGGUCCCCGAUCUCCAGCGAGGGCCAGGAACCCAGGGCCGACCCAGAGCCCCCUGGCCUGGCAGCAGGGCCGGUGCAGCAGGACUUGGUUUUUGAGGUGGAGACACCGGCUGUGCUGCCGGAGCCUGUGCCACAGGAAGACGGGGUCGACCUCCUGGGCCUGCACUCCGAGGUGGGCGCAGGGCCAGCUGUACCCCCGCAGGCCUGCAAGGCCCCCUCCAGCAACACCGACCUGCUCAGCUGCCUCCUUGGGCCCCCUGAGGCCGCCUCCCAGGGGCCCCCGGAGGAUCUGCUCAGCGAGGACCCGCUGCUCCUGGCAAGCCCGGCCCCUCCCCUGAGCGUGCAGAGCACCCCAAGAGGAGGGCCCCCUGCCGCUGCUGACCCCUUUGGCCCGCUUCUGCCGUCUUCAGGCAACAACUCCCAGCCCUGCUCCAAUCCUGAUCUCUUCGGCGAAUUUCUCAAUUCGGACUCUGUGACCGUCCCACCAUCCUUCCCGUCUGCCCACAGCGCUCCGCCCCCAUCCUGCAGCGCCGACUUCCUGCACCUGGGGGAUCUGCCAGGAGAGCCCAGCAAGAUGACAGCCUCGUCUAGCAACCCAGACCUGCUGGGAGGAUGGGCUGCCUGGACCGAGACUGCAGCGUCGGCAGUGGCCCCCACGCCAGCCACAGAAGGCCCCCUCUUCUCUUCUGGAGGUCAGCCGGCCCCUUGUGGCUCUCAGGCCAGCUGGACCAAGUCUCAGAACCCGGACCCAUUUGCUGACCUUGGCGACCUCAGCUCCGGCCUCCAAGACCCCCAAGCCCAGAGCACAGUGAGCCCAAGGGGACAGCGUGUCUGCACCUGUUCCAGGCGACUGCCAACUGGCAAGCUAAAACCGGGAGUUGCUGACACUGGCGCUGCUGCCAGCCCCCACCGGCAUUGUGGCUCACCAGCUGGAUUCCCUCCUGGGGGCUUCAUUCCCAAAACGGCCACCACGCCCAAAGGCAGCAGCUCCUGGCAGACAAGUCGGCCGCCAGCCCAGGGCGCCUCAUGGCCCCCUCAGGCCAAGCCGCCCCCCAAAGCCUGCACACAGCCAAGGCCUAACUAUGCCUCGAACUUCAGUGUGAUCGGGGCGCGAGAGGAGCGGGGUGUCCGCGCACCCAGCUUUGCUCAAAAGCCAAAAGUCUCUGAGAACGACUUUGAAGAUCUGUUGUCCAAUCAAGGCUUCUCCUCCAGGUCUGACAAGAAAGGGCCAAAGACCAUUGCAGAGAUGAGGAAGCAGGACCUGGCUAAAGACACGGACCCACUCAAGCUGAAGCUCCUGGACUGGAUUGACGGCAAGGAGCGGAACAUCCGGGCCCUGCUGUCCACGCUGCACACAGUGCUGUGGGACGGGGAGAGCCGCUGGACGCCCGUGGGCAUGGCCGACCUGGUGGCUCCGGAGCAGGUGAAGAAGCACUAUCGCCGCGCGGUGCUGGCCGUGCACCCCGACAAGGCCGCAGGGCAGCCAUACGAGCAGCACGCCAAGAUGAUCUUCAUGGAGCUGAAUGACGCCUGGUCGGAGUUUGAGAACCAGGGCUCCCGGCCCCUCUUCUGAGGCCGCAGUGGUGGUGGCUGCGCACACAGCUCCACAGGUUGGGAGCCGUCAUGGGACUUGGGUCCCCACCGUGAGGACCCCGUGGGCGACAGCAGGUGUGGCCAGGGUGGGGCUCCGAGCCCCGGGUCACCGCCCGCCCAGCAUUCCAGGCACAUGAAGAGAAAGCAUUCCAAAGCCUCUGAUUGUUGUUUCCUUUUUCUCCUCCCGAAGGAACAGCUGAUUCAUGCUCCUCCCACAAUUGUCACGUCUGUGAUUUAUUUGGUGUUUCGGGCGUGGUCUCUGGAGCCCCGGCACGUGGUGGGCCACGCUGCUGGCGCUCAUGGGCCCUGGUGUUUGCACCGCACUUUGUAAUCAGUCCCGUGGUUGUCUGUACAGAAUUAAACUAUUUUCCGAUGA